GAUUAAAUAAUUUCAUUAAUUAACAAUCUUCUAGUUAAUUUCUUAUUAGAAUAAUUUUUUGCAAUGCCGAAAGAUUUUUAUGAAAAAGAUGGAACUGAGUAUGCAAUAAGUUUAGAUUCAACAGAUUUAGACAAUAAAUAUAGUACUACAAAAGAAGUUUUUAAUUCCAAAGUUCCAGUUUCGUUAGCAUGGAAGAAUUUAACGUAUGAGAUAGUAGAUCCGAAAACUAAAAAAAAUAAAAAGAUUAUACAAAAUGUUAGUGGUAUCGUUAAACCCGGUGAAUUCUUAGCCAUUAUGGGACCUCUUGGGGCCGGUAAAUCAACAUUCUUGGAUAUGUUAGCUGGACGUAAAGAUCCAAAAAAUGUUUCAGGUAUAGUAUAUCUUAAUGGUAGACCGGGUGAUGUCAAAUGUGUAUCAACUUAUGUAACGCAAGAUGACUCUCUAAUGGGUGUUCUUACUGUACGAGAAAAUAUUAAAUUCGCUGCCGAUUUAUGUUUUCCGGCUAGCUUUUCACGAUUGGAAAAAUAUGCGCAUGUUCAAAAUAUAAUACGUGAAUUUGGGUUAGAAAGGGUAGCUGAUAAUAAAAUAGGAACAUUAUUUGUUAGAGGAAUAAAUAGUGGUGAAAAACGUAGAUGUGCGAUAGCAUCACAAGUUAUCACUUUACCUAAAGUAAUUUUCCUUGAUGAACCAACAACUGGAUUAGAUUCUGCCGCUGCGUAUAAUGUUAUGAGCGCGAUAGUUAGUAUGGCAAAGAAACAUGAACUUACAGUUGUAGCAAGUAUACAUCAACCUUCACCUGAAACUUACGCUUUAUUUGAUAAAUUAUUGUUGCUUGGACAUGGUAAAACUUUGUAUUUUGGUGAAAGGGAUAAUGCUUUGACCUAUUUUGAGAAAUUGGGAUUCCCUUGUCCUCCUUAUAAUAAUCCUGCUGACCAUUACUUAAGAUUGGUUAAUAGUGAUUUUAUGAAUGAUAUAACCGAAGCCGAACAACGUAUUACGAGUUUUAGUAUUUCUUUCUCAAAAAGAAAUAUAAGGGGCGUCAACAAGGAGAUUGAUGAUUUAAUUGCAAAAUCAGGCGGUCAUGGUGAAGUAAUUUUAAUAAAAACCAGAAAAGAAUAUGCUCGUAGUCUCUUAGCUCAAACUUUGAUCCUAAUGAAGAGAUCAUUUAAAAAUGCCACAAGAAAUAUAUUAAUGUAUUGGAUAAGAAUAGCCAUGUACAUGUGUUUAGCCUUGCUUAUGGGAUCAACCUGGUGGAAAGUUGGCCUUGAACAAAAAAAUAUAGAGGAUAGAUUUUCUGCUCAUUUCUUUUCUGUCACAUUUUUGUCUUUGAUGAGCGUAGCUGGUAUACCAGGAUUUUUAGAAGAACGUUUAGUAUUUCAGCGUGAACGUUCAAUUGGUUUCUAUUCUGUUGGUCCAUACGUCUUAGCUAAUACGUUAAUUUCAACACCGUUUUUAAUGAUUAUUACCUUAUCAUUUUCUAUAAUCGCUUAUCCUAUGAUCGGUUUACAUGAAAAUAUAUAUAAUGCCAUCAAUUUCCUUGCAUUUAUCUUUUUAACUUUAUUUGUAGCUGAAUCUAUGGUCAUAUUUAUUUCUGCUGCAAUACCUACAUUCGUGGCAGCUUUAGCUAUUACUACUUUUGCUAAUGGAUUUUAUAUGGUAAUUGCAGGAUAUUUAGUAAGGAGAUCCGCUUUACCAGAAUUUUUGAAAUGGUGUCAUCAUAUUGAUUAUCAAAAAUAUUCGUUUGAAGCUAUUAUUCAAACUGAUUUUGUUGGAUUAACUUUUAACUGUAAUGAUGAACCAGAAUGCAAAUGUAUUUUUGGAGUAAAUUCAACUGGUACUUGUGAACUCUCCGGUCAAGAUAUAUUAGAUUAUUAUGGUUAUACCAAAAUUAAUUUAAAUGAGUGGGCACUCGCACUUAUGGGAUUAAUUGUUUUCUUCCGAUUCGGUUUCUAUUUAAUUUUACGUUUCCGAAAAGGUCGUCGUCGUUAAAUUAAUGAUAUAAACAUAUAUAUAUUUUUUUAAUUAAUUUAUUUAGUUUUAUAAUUCACAGGAUAAAAUUUUUUAUAUAUAAAGUUAUAGUGCAAGGUGCAUCAAACUCUAAAAGUAAAAGUGCGAGGCGCUUUUUUGAAGAGUGGACAAUUUUUUAUUUUUAUUUUUUUU